AUGAUAACUUUUACUAGAGCAGUUCACCUCUUACCGAUCUUUUUUCCUAUCUUGAUCGUCGUCACAAUUCUUACCCCCUAUAUCAUAGCGGUAUCGCUGGAUCAUGUCUACCCGUUUUUGCCGUGCAUAAGUAAAACGGCAGGAUUUGAACCAGAGGGAUCAAUUUUUGGUUUUCUGAUGUUUUUAGUGGCGUUGAUCGGACUGUUGACGAUCUUUACUCGAUAUCUUCAACUCAAGGGAUUUAGUCAACAAGGUUUUGAGGCGAAUGUUUUACACAAGGUGAAAUGGUUCAACACAAUUUCUCUGCUAUCUGGUGUUUCAUGUAUCCUUGGCGUUGUUUUGGUGGCAAAUUUUCGUUCUUCUGUACCACAAGUGAGUUCCACGGCUUUCAGAUAAUUUAAUGUCUUGCUGAUGUAUGUACUGCCCGUUAUUCGCGUCUUGAACUCGUUAAUUUGCAGGAUACUGAAGAAAAAAAUUCACGGGCAUAUACCAAUAUGGAUAGUUUCAGUCUUGUUGUCAGAGCGUUUAUAGGAUAUUUGAUAUAGAGUAAAAACCCACGUGUAAGAACCUAGAUUUUUCCAACUUAGCCAAAAAAGGUUGUUAUAGAAAUGGUCAGUUAGUGGGAUUUAGGCUACUUAGGUUCUUAAAUAGGUCUUUAAUUUGAUAGGGGCACCAGCGGUCAGCACAGAUAACUACUACAGGGCAUGUGUGAUAUGGAAUAUGUUGCUGUAUUAAAUAAUUAUCUAGAAUACAGUUUAAUAGGUGAUAACCGUGCAGUAAUUUUAUCUUUGCAAAGUACUAGCAUGCAUGUCUUUCAUUCUGCAGUAUCCAUAAAAUGCUGUGUUACAUUUUGAAUCUUACUAACUCAGAAACCUAUCAUGAAUUGAAUUUUUUUUCCGGCUGUAUUUUCUUCUCUGCCUUCAUUUUUGUAAAAUAAGAACCUGUCAGGAAAAUGUUAGGCUAAAUAGGUUCUUAUGAAAAGGGGCUUUAAAAUGAACAUUUUAGCCUCACGGGCUCUUAAAUUUUAGGUUCUUACAUGUGGAUUUUUUAAUGUAUAGCAUAUCUUCAGCAUUCAAUCGAUCUUUUUACUCGAAUUUGCAUGAAAUGACCAGAUUUUGUUGUUCCACACACGAAAUUAUAUCCUUUUCAAAAUCUCAGCCUGGAGUUUAUUCUUAAAGUAUUCUUAAGAUUUCGCAAAUUUCAGCCUCGAUAUUUUUAUAAAAUAUAUUCUUAUAGAAAAAAAAGGGUGUAUGCCGUAAAAAGUACAUUUUUCCCAAAAAAAGAAAAAAACUUGGCAAUUUGCUUAACCCAUUCGCCCUCAGGGAAUUUUGCCGAGAAACGUCUUUGGAAGCUUGUCGAGCGGUUUCCAGGCUGGUCACGACCUAGCUAUGAAGAACUAUUAAAACUUACAACAAAGCCGUUUACAAGUCGGACACGUCGCAGCCUUCUGACCCAAUGGUGGUUCGGGGGCGAAUAGGUUAAGACAAAAAAAGAAACAUGGAGAAAUAUAAACUGAAGUAAACGUUAUACAUCCUCUCUUGUUCACCGUCGAAGUGAAAUGGCAAGUUUUUUUCUGCACAAGAUCUAAAUAUCUCCAUAUUACUGGGCAACAAUUUUGUUUACACAUACAUGUACACGUCCCCUCUGGCUUAGUGUUUUUUCCUGCUCACUUUUUUAGCUGUCCCUGGAACAAAAAUAUCAAAUGGUUUAAAUGUCUGCUCAGCAUAAAUUUUUGUGAUGCUCAAUUUGGAAUUUAGGGACCGGUCAUAAUUUGUCGCGCCCCCCGGGGGGGGGGGAAGGGGGGACAAGGAGUUUGGGGGAAUCAUACGGUUUUCAAAAGCGCUAAUUGACAGGCACAGAGUGGGGACCAGGAAAAAAAGGAGAAACUGAAUUAUCUGAGGCGGUGGGAUCAAUUUAUAACUUUUUUGUUGAUCUUGUUCAGACACGAACUAUGAUACGGGAGAUAUAGCGCCUGGAGAGAAUUAAUUGUUUUUAACCUUUCUCCCUGGAGGGACUGAUCUUGGACAAUACUCCAAAGAACCGAAAAUGUUUGGAAGUAACAGAGGAGAAUUUGUUAUUUCGUUGCUGAAAUAGCUAAAAUGAACUAAGUGAACUGAUGUUACUCACUACUUCAAAAAUGGGUUAUCGUUGACAGUCACAAUUCUUUCCUCUUUUUCUGUCGAUUGUCGAUCGGUGCUCGACUGAGCCGAGGAACUUUAGUAUCUGAACGGCCUGUAACAAGCUAAUUCGGUAAUAAUGAGGUGUCCGCAUUACUGAAGCUGGUGUCCGUAUUAAGCGGGGUUUGACUUAUUUGUUGCCUUUUUAACAUUUUCUCUUUAGCCAGUCAAAGCUAUAGACAGAGUUCAUAACGCCGGGACUUUAAUGCUCUUUCUUGGCGGAGGUGUAUAUUUCUGGUUUCAAACCCUCAUCAGUUAUCACGGUAUUGCAGUUAAGCUCAAUAGCAAAAGCAUGUUCCUCUUCCGGUUAGCUGUAUCCUGUAUUGUGACCAUCACUGGCGUGGUAUACCCGUUCCUCAAAGAUUUUGCCUACACAAAGUAUAGUGGUAGAGUGCAAUUAAAUUCAGUCACAGCGGCAGCCCACUGGAGUCCAAAUGAAGGUGGGUGGGCAGUACAGGUGGCCAGUAAUGCUGGAGAAUGGAUUGAUUGCCUGUCUUUGGCGAUCUACGCUGCGUCAUUUUACAAAGAGUUUCAGACGUUCUCUCUUGACGUCUCGUAUGUUGAAAACGCUGAAUUGGAGAAAGGAUGGAACGGAAAGUACUCAAAAAUAAGACAAAGCAAAGAAGAGGAGGUUUCGGACGAAUAA